AUGUCAAAGUUUUUCAACAAACUGCGCUCCUCAGACAAGGAUGCUAAUCAUCAACAACAACAACAGCCACAGCAACAACAACAACAACAGCAACAUAAUGAUGCAGAUGGAGAAACACUACCAGAAUCAAAGAUGACAAUUAUUGGACAUCUGAUAAAGCAGAUAAAGCCUGGCUCUGAAAUCAAACAUUUGGUGUUGCCAUGUUUCCUGUUGCAACCUCGAUCACUUUUAGACUCACUGACCGACUUCUUUAGAUGUCUGGACGACUUGUUUGAAGUUCAGAACAUUGAUAAUGAAGAGGAGCGAUUUGUACAGAUGACCAAAUUCGUAUUGUCUGGCUGGCACACAAGACCAAAGGGUAUCAAGAAGCCUUUCAAUCCAAUCGUUGGAGAGGUGUUUGAUUGCUAUUGGCCAUCAUUGGAGAACUCGGAAAAUGAAGAUGACAAGACACAUUUUGUAGCCGAGCAAAUAUCACAUCAUCCGCCACACUCUGCCUUUUGUCUCUAUAACAAGAAGCGAGAGGUCAUUGUCAAUGGCAACAUAUCUACAAACUAUGUCAAGUUCUAUGGAAACUUUGCAGAGUCCUCGCUUGAAGGCAAGAUGGUUUUCCACUUCCUCAAGCGCAAGGAGACCUAUGAACUUACACUGCCAGUCAUUGGAGUAAGAGGUAUUCUCAUUGGAAGAUUGGGUACAUUCACAAGUGGAAAGACCACAUUAAGAAAGUUGAAUAGCGACUACAUUGCACAUAUGGAGUUCCUCAGCAAGAGUGUAAUUGGAUCAUCAAAGCAUCACAAUGGAAUCAAAGCUACCAUCAACCAUGGAGCAAAGACACUACACAAGAUUAAGGGCAAUUGGGAUAGUCAAUUGAUUCUCGUGCCAAACAGUGGACAUGAGAGGAAGUUGUUUGAUGUAUCCACCGCCAAGGUAUAUCCACCAAAGCAACUACCGUUGGAUCAACAACCAUUGAACAGUUCAGAGCACAUAUGGAAGGUAGUUGAGGAGGGUAUAUUGAGUAACAAUGAUGAGAUGACUGCCAAAGAGAAGAAUGUGAUCGAGGAAAGACAAAGAAAGGAUGAGAAUCACCGUAGGGAUAACAAUAUCCCAUGGAUUCCAGAGAGGUUCGUACUGCGUGAGAAGAACUCAACAUUCCCACAUACCUACAUAUACAAGGAUUUAGAGAGUAUAUUCCCUCAAAUCGCAUCUAAACCAGUCAGUUAA